CAGGCCAUCAGGGGUAUGCAUAUCCGAAAAGCCACCAAGUAUCUAGAAGACGUCACUUUGAAGAAACAGUGUGUGCCAUUCCGUCGCUACCAUGAUAGAGUCGGUAGGUGUGCCCAGGACAAACAGUGGGGCUGGACACAGGGUCAGUGGCCCGAGAAGAGUGCUGAAUUUUUACUGCACAUGCUUAAAAAUUCAGAGAGUAAUGCUGAACUUAAGGGUUUAGAUGUCGAUUCUCUGGUCAUUGAGCACAUCUGGGUGAACAAAGCCCCCAAGAUGUGGCACAGAAUUUUCAGGACUCAUGGUCGGAUUAACCCCUACCUGAGCUCUCCUUGCCACAUCAGGAUGAUCCUUACUGAAAAAGAGCUGAUUGUUCCUAAACCAGAAGACGAGGUUGCACAGAAGAAAAACAUAUCCCAGAAGAAACUGAAGGAACAAAAACUUAUGGCCUGGGAGUAA